CCCACCCACCCAAAGCAUAAACACAGGGAACAGUCAUGGAGAGCAACACAGGCGGCGAAGACACUGUCGCAACCAUCAAAUCUAUUCGGACCCAACUCGAAACCCGAAUCCAACAACAACGUGCCACUCAACUCGACCUCCUUGCCUCCCUCCAAAGCUUGGAUCCUAACAUUGUUCCCACCCUCGAUCUCUCCCUCCGUUUCGUCUCCGCAUUCAACCGCCGCCCUUUUUCUCCAACUUCUCCGCUCCCCACGCCUAAAAAGAUCUCCCACCCGCCCCAACACCCGCCGGGCCACUCCGUUCCCGACCCGAAACAGCUUGCCCUCGUCAAACCUGUACCAGGCGACAAGGACGUUGACGAAAGCGGCAACCCGUUGUCGUUGGUAAGAGCGAUGGUUGCUGAGUGUUUGCUUCAGAGAGUACCGUUCAAACCGAUAGAUUCGUCUACGGUUUUGAGGAAGUUAGAGAACGACGAGAAUAUAACCGCGGCGGAUAAGGCUGCGAUGCGUGAAGUCGGUGGCGAUUCUGGGGCCAUUCUCGCGGUGGGGAUAGCUUUGAGGUCAAUGGCGGAGGAUAACGGCGGCCUCGAGAUCGAAGAGUUUGACGUCGGCGGCAAAAGCAGGGUCAUGGUACUUAGCAUCGAUCAAACCCGGUUAGUCAGAGAAUUACCUGAAGAACCUGAAAAUCAUCCAAAAAGAGAGAGGUUAAACAACGAUAACGAAAGCGUCAACUUGAAAAUUAAUAGUAACAGUAAUAACGAGUGGCUAGCACCGAGACCCAUGGGUGAAAUGUGGAUGGGAGACCCUGGCAUGAUGUAUCCGCCGGGUGGACCGAUGGCAGGCCCGAGAGAUCGGGGAAUGUGGAUGAUAGGUAGGCCGCCGAUGGCACCAAACAGCGGUCUUUUGCCAGCACAGAGACAAAGGACCGAAGAAGAUGAUUUGAAGGAUUUGGAAGCUUUGUUGAAUAAGAAGUCGUUUAAGGAAAUGCAGAAGUCCAAGACUGGUGAGGAGAUUUUGAACAUCAUUAAUCGCCCAACUGCUAAGGAAACAGCAGUGGCUGCUAAGUUUAAAAGCAAAGGAGGUUCUCAAGUGAGGGAGUAUUGUUCAUCUUUAACAAAGGAGGACUGUCAAAGGCAAUCUGGCACUUUUCUUGCCUGUAAGAAGGUUCAUUUUAAACGCAGAAUUGCUCCUCAUACUGACAUCAGUUUAGGGGAUUGUUCAUUUCUAGAUACUUGCCGACACAUGAAGACGUGCAAAUAUGUCCAUUACGAGCUUGACCAAACACAUGACUAUCUUGGUCCUGAGAAACUGUUGAAGCCGCCACGUGCUGAAUAUUGUUCAGAAGUAGAACUUGGUGAAUCACAAUGGAUUAGUUGUGAUAUCCGUAAUUUUAGAAUGGACAUUUUGGGGCAAUUUGGUGUCAUCAUGGCAGAUCCACCAUGGGAUAUUCAUAUGGAGCUGCCUUAUGGAACAAUGGCUGAUGAUGAGAUGCGCAAUCUUAAUGUUCCUGCAUUGCAGACUGAUGGUCUGAUCUUCCUUUGGGUCACUGGACGUGCAAUGGAGCUAGGGCGGGAAUGUUUGGAACAAUGGGGGUACAAGCGGUGUGAGGAGAUUAUUUGGGUGAAAACGAAUCAACUUCAGCGAAUAAUUAGAACAGGAAGAACGGGUCAUUGGUUAAAUCAUAGUAAGGAACAUUGCCUUGUAGGAAUAAAGGGAAAUCCAGAAAUAAACAAGAAUAUUGAUACAGAUGUCCUUGUUGCCGAGGUUCGAGAGACUAGCCGUAAGCCGGAUGAGAUGUACCCCAUGCUAGAGAGGAUAAGUCCUAGGACAAGGAAGCUGGAACUAUUCGCUCGCAUGCAUAAUACUCAUGCAGGAUGGAUAUCACUCGGGAAUCAGCUGAACGGCGUUCGACUAGUUGAUGAAGGGCUAAGAGCAAGGUACAAGGCUGCCUACCCACAUAUAGAGGUACAACCUCCCUCUCCUCCCAAAGCUUCUGCUAUGGAAAUAGAUUCUACUGCUGCUAGAAGUCCCUUUGCGACGGAGGCAAGAUCACAGUUUGCAGACGCUGCUGCUCCUGAAGAGAGGGCAAUGGCUCUAGAUGCCGAUAUGGCCGGCUGAAAAUAACAUUAAAUCCUGGCCUUACAUGGUUAUUUCUGAGGGCCGUUGAACCUAUUCAAUUGUUCCUGAGAGGUUCAUCCAUCCCUUUUUACUGGUUCAGCCCUUGUAUAAUGUUUUAGAAUUUGCUGAAAAUGAAAUCAAGCUUAAAGUUUGACUUAAAAAUGAAGACGAUGGAUCUUGAACAUACUUUCAAAAUUAGAAUUUUAAAGUAAAAGGAGUAUUAAAGA